ACCCUGGAGACAGGAACUCUAUCUGAUAUCUAUCUGUCAGCGCGAAAAGCUCUUAGAGCUGUUUUGUCCAUUACAAUUAUCUCAUAUAUAUGUAAGUGUAUUCUGUAUACUACAGGUACUAUUCAAUGUAACGAAUACGUCCAUAACGUUCAUAUCUUCUGCGUCUUCAUAUAAGUAUUCAUUCGUUAGAAAACUCUGCAUAUAACACAUAGUGUUACGAACUUUGCUAUUAACUCUAUUGUAUUUAGAAAAACACGAUAGUUGUAUCUACGUCAAUCAGGAAGACGUAUAUGUAUACAGGGCUAAAUCGAUAACACCAAUUGUUAUCUUGUUAGCACUUCGAUCACCGCCCGUGAUCCUCAUGAGAAGUGCCAAUAUAAUUUGUAAUUACAUCUUUUUCAUCCAACGUGAAAGGAGCACAUAUUUAGGCAAGGGGCGAGCAAAAGAGAAAGAGGCGAGAGAAGCACAAGAAAAACAAUUCAAACGGACAAAUCUAAUUAUAGUCAUUGAUGUAUGAGACAUUGAGGGAUAUUUACACUAGUCUCUGAUCUCGAAAAUGAGAAGUGCGACUUUUUAUGUAAAAUUCUAAUUAGUUCGUCGUAAUUCGUUUAUUUGUUGUUCCAGUGUUGUUGCGGCUGUAACUUGUGAUGCUGAAAAUGCCAAAAUUGAGAUUUCUCACAGCACUGUCGCGAGAGACGAGGAAAAAGUCGAACGCGUUUCUUGCGUUUUACGUCAUCAAGGAUUUGUUAGUCCGAGAAGAAGUUUCAUGAUAGAGAGAGAGAGAGAGAGAGAGAGAGAGAGAACGUAAAAGUGAUUUCAAGCAUGCUAACAUAACAUCACACGUUAUUUUCGGAUAUUAUACAUAUAUUAAUACUGUUAGAAUUAAUAAUGCAGAAUUUUGUGAAUAACGCGAUAAAACGUGAUAUGGAGUCAAAAGGACGUUAUGGUGUAAUCAUGCUCCAUUCGGCACUAUAUAUACUGUAUGUAGUACAAGUAUUAUUAAAUAAGUAUAUGAGAAAAAAGUCUGUGAUAUUGAAUCGGGGAGCACUUGGAACUUUCGUCCUUCAUCUCUGGAUUCCGCGAUUCUAUGUGAUACCUUUUUUUCACAGGCAAACCCCAAGAUACCUUGGAGACUCUCGAGGUUUCUCAAAGCCAAGAUCUCUCUCGAGGAUAUGCUUUAAAAUAAUAAUCGAGACAGUACAGACUCUCUCGUGCGAUUUAGCUGCUCGGAAAACUUUCAGAAAGUUCAUUUCAACAUAUCCACCUCUCAUAGCCAUAUCACCUCUCGUCAGGACUGAAGCAGGUGUUCCCAGGCGCCACAACGUAAAGACCCGUUCCUGAGUCCAUUGCACCUACUAAUUUCUGGCUCACCGAGACUCCGCCUUCUGGUGUGCGAAGCAGAGAGAAGAGGAUUCAUGGGCAGCAUCCCACGGCGGUCCACCCCUGACCAGCGUGGGUGCUCGUGUAGGAGGAUCUUCGGAGAAGCCCUCCUUUCUUCCGCAUCUCUCUCUACGUCGCCCCUCGUUCCGUCCUUCUUCCGCGAGACUGUCCUCCACGAGAGAGGAGCCCAGAGAAAGAGAGAGAGAGAGAGAGAGAGAGAAACGCGGGAGAGAGGGUACGCUCUCUGCUAUUGAGAGAGAGAAAGGGAGAAAGACAGAGAAUGAUGUCUUGAUGAUAAGCCAGCGGGGUAGUCACUCGGGCGAGUUCUUUCUGAUUCAUCCGGGAUUCGAGGCGCGCGGCUUUGAGCGUCCUUGUCAGCAUCGGGACCGCGGAGGUGAGGACAAGUCCUGUUGACGGUAGAGCGGUUGCUCGCCUUGCGACGAUGAUGUCGAGACUCGUCGGACACUCGUCGGUCAGGAUCGUCGCGCGGGUGCUAAAAACUACGAUGAGCGGCCGCGCGGCGCGAUAAGAAACGUGACGGACGAAAGCUGGAGCAUUCUUUCUCUCAAUGAGGAGCCACUUGACGAGGUGUCACAUUUGUGUCCUCGAGUUUGAGGGUUCGAUCGACGGACGAGGCGAUACCACGACGAUGAAAAUGAUCCACGAGUGCAAAUGGUGUUUCUCCUCUUCGUUUAAUUUACACGGGAAAUGUGUCGACGGAUCGCGCGAUUCACACGCUUUCGGCUCGACGAGGAUGCAACCGCAACACGAGCAACGACGUGAGCUCGCCGCCGAUUGCUGUUAUCAGCAAUGGCCGGCGCAUCAUCACCACCAUCAUCAUCAGCACCAUCACCAGCAUCAGCAGCUGUCCGCUAUACCGUCACCGAUGCAACAGAUGGAAGCUUGCUUGCAGAGCGCCGGAAGAGUGAAGCGGUCGCUCAGUCCCACGAUCCCGACGAAAACCGCCGUGCCGGUCCAGCCGCUGGCGAAUCCGACCUCCUCGUCGGCGUCCACGGUGGAGCCGCGGAACGACAGCAACAACAACAAUCGUCAUCACGGUGAUCAUCAUCCCAGCAACGACGGUGCGUCUUCCGUGGAGGAAUUGAACGCUAAACGACCGCUUCAUCCGGCGCUAGUCGGCGCCGGCGCCGCCUUGGAGGCGAAGCCGCUCUGGGAGGAAUUCCAUCAGUUGGGCACCGAGAUGAUCGUCACGAAAGCCGGACGGAGAAUGUUCCCCACGUUCCAGUGUCGAUUGUUCGGCUUGGACCCCAACACGGAAUAUCUGAUGGUGAUGGACUUCGUCCCGUGCGACGACAAGAGAUACCGAUACGCCUUCCAUAACAGCGCCUGGGUCGUGGCGGGCCGCGCUGAUCCGGUGUCACCCCCUAGGAUCCACGUGCAUCCCGAUAGUCCUGCGAACGGCGCGCAUUGGAUGAAACAGCCGAUCUCCUUCGACAAACUGAAGCUGACGAACAAUCAGCUGGACGAUAACGGACACAUUAUCCUGAACUCGAUGCACCGUUAUCAGCCACGCUGCCACGUGGUGGUCGCCCCUUCACCGCCGGGUGCGGCACCGGAUCCCCGUACGGAAAACUUCAAGACCUUCUCGUUCGCGGAGACUAGAUUCACCGCGGUCACCGCCUAUCAGAACCAUCGGAUAACGCAGCUGAAGAUCGCCAGCAAUCCGUUCGCCAAGGGCUUCCGGGACUGCGAGUCCGACGAUUGCGAUAGCGUGGCCAUCAGCGGGAUGCAGAAUCCGGCGAAGAGGCCAGCCACAGGAAGCGCCGGCGGCGGCGUGCUGCCGUCGCCUUAUAACGCGGUACCGGGCAUGCAGAUCACGGCGAUACCCGGCCAGGAGCAUCACCAGUUCUACGGUGCGACGGGCGCAGCCGGUCACUGGACUUAUCCGAGCCACCAUGGUCACCAACCGUCGGCGCACGUCAACUCGGUUCAUUAUCCGACGCAUCCGCAGCAUCCGCAUCCGGGCGCAUCUCUCUAUGGGCCGCGAUAAGAGGAGAGGCGAUCGUCAUCGUUGAUUGUUCUUCGCUCGUGUGCAGUCUCUCUCAUCGACUUAUCUGUGUCGAAGACUCGGCGAGACCGAUCCUUUCAACCCCAAUGCAAGACUCGACGUGUACUUGAGGAACAGUGAGAACGGUUUAAACGCAGUUUCGCGUCAUCCGCAUCUUGACGCUUCCUUCGCUCGUGAAUGACCGAUCAUUGAGCGAACUUUCAUUGACGAAGAUUCAAUGUGUGUUUGAGAUACAGGGUGCGAGGUAAACAUAUCUUCUUCAUAUCGCGCUCUUCCGCGUGACGAUCGUUGCGUGGUUUGUUAUCGCAGAGGACCCUGCCGGUGCCUUUUCGUAGUGCCUUACGAACAAUGGGUGUGACGGACGCUACAAAACAGAUGUAUUUCUUACAUCGCACGCGUGUGUGCUGCUUAUUUUUGCGAGCGUAAGCAUCAUACAUCGCGAAGUCAUUGAAGUCGAGAUUAAAAGCGACACGAGACUCCUUCGUGUGCGUAUUUAUAUUUUUGCAUAUAUAUAUAUAUAUAUAUAUACACACAUAAGGAUGGUUUUGAGGAAGAAUUUACUUAACGGGAAGUAAGAUUUAGUGAUUAACAGAAACGAUAGCUGGAUGUUAAUACUUGAACUUAUUCUGUAACUUGUACCAAAGAUCAUGCUAGUUCUCGACGUGAAAUAUUUAUCUCUAAGUUACACGCUGCAAGGUAAUCUUUCAUUGGCUCAAUUACGUGACAUCCGGCGUUUACGUCAAGUGAAAAGUACUAAACAGCUAAACGAGAUUACGUUUAGUUAUUGUGAUAUGUGCAAUGUUCGCCUCCGCAAAUUGCUCACGCGUCUGCUGAGAACUGAGAAAAGAAACAGAUCGCGAUCGGAGGUGCGUAGGGGCGUAUAAAUUUUUUAUUCGUGAAUUCAUUCUAUCGUCGGUUCAUACAGACAUUUUUCCUCCCAAGUGUUACAAAUUGAAUCACUUAUGAGAAACAAAUCGGCCGAUCGAUGCUGGCAAACUUGCGGAAGGCCAGGGAAGAAAGUGCCUUUUGUAGGAGCAAAGUGCGUCUAUUUAUACUGGGUGUCUCAAAUGCCGAACGAGCCUAAAAGGUUCUCGAGCCAAGACGGGAAAGUAAACGCGCCGUGACACUGCGUGAGAGUGCGUGGCUACUAAGUGCCUUAAUAAAUUAUGCUGCCGGUAUCGUAUGCCAUUGUACGUUUAACUUUUUAAGGCUCUCGUUCAGAGUUUGGUAGUAUUAGAGGGACAUUUUAUGGCCAAACGAGAAAUAAACACCGGCAGAACACACCCA